UCAGUGGCACAAUGUUCUUCGAGCAGUGCAGUGGGAAGUGCAUCAGUGGAAAAUAGAGUGCAGUGCGCGAGUAGUGGUCAGAAGCAGGAGAAUUUUCUUACGAAACAAUUUCCGAACGUUACGUGAAGGGCCUACACACUACACCAGCCGCUUUCGUCCAGAGUUCUAUCUGGUGAACCUCAACAGUGUCUGUACAACUCAUCAAUUCUGCAAAAUCGGUAUAGCCUAUGACAACAUUUCCUGGUCUCUGCUAACAAAUCUAGAAACCAUUUCUGAGAUGGCAGCAAACCGAUUCUGUUACAGAAGUUUGCACAAAUCUGUGAGCUUGGACCUUCAGCACAUACCAGUUCAGGUGAUUAUCGUAAUUUGAUCUGCUCCACAUAAAGCUUGCCGUCACGCACAAGAAAGUCCUGCAGGUCAUGUGAAUGCAUUUAUUUUAUACAGUUCAUUUAGACCAAACAACGAUAUGUCAGCGUUAUGGAGCUGUAACUUAUUUUGAUACUGAAGUGCAGCAGAGCAAUAUAAAAGUGAAUGACGAAAGAUUUAGAAGAGGAAUAUAGUUGUCAUAGAUAAGGAAGGAGAGUCAUCUGUGUCGUCUAACGAUGUCUUCUCAGGACACGUGGCCUGAAAUUUUGAGUGCUAAAAGUGAAAAUAAACAUGAAUUAAACCUUUCUGGAGCAGCAGUGUCAAAUAAAAUACAAGAAGAUGGCCUGGACGAGACACUGUAUACAUUGUCCAGUCUUAAUUACUUGUGUAUUAGCCACACAUGCCUAGAUGUGUUGGCUGAAGGCAUUGGUAACCUAACAAAUUUGACAAAUCUUGUUUUGCAUUCGAAUAAAAUCUGGAAGUUACCUGCCAGUUUAGGAAAACUAAUAAACCUCAAAAUGCUCGAUCUCUCUCGAAAUGAACUGGAAACUAUUCCGAAUGAGAUCACAAAAUUGUUGCAGUUGUCAACAUUAAAUUUAGCCUCCAAUAAGUUAAGUCUGUUCCCAUGUAUGCUUCAGAAUACAAAGCUUAGCAUUUUGGAUCUUUCCGGAAACCAGUUCGAAGAGUUUCCUGACAUAUGUUACCCAGAUCUGUUACAUCUGGCCGAAGUGAAGUUGAAUGGUAAUAAACUGAAGAAUGUACCACCAGCUGUGAAGGAACUAAGUUCAUUGAAAGUACUUGAUCUUGGAGACAAUGACCUCUCAGAUGUACCUGGUGAAAUUGCAGACAUAAACAAAUUGAAAGAGCUAAACCUGAAGGGAAACAAGCUAAGUGACAAGCGUCUGUUGAAGUUAGUUGACCAGUGUCGCUCGAAGCAAGUGCUGGACUAUGUGAGGCAACACUGCCCUCGCUCCAGUACUGGGAAAGAUGCCCCAGCUGCUGGAAAGGGGAAGAAGAGCAAGAAGGGAAAGAAAGAGCAUGCAGAUAAUGAACACUUGCAAGAGAAUGCAGAGAACCUGUGCCAUAAACUGCACGUGAAUCAUGCAUUGGAAUCAACACUGUCCAUCACAGUAGAAGAAUCUGUGAAGGUUGUGAGACAGCAUAUUGUCUGCUGCAUCAUCUCAGACAUCAGUUUUGUACAGCAUACAUUCAAGAAAUUUAUCCAGCUCCAGACAAAGCUACAUGACACAGUAUGUGAGAAGCGUAAUGCUGCAACAAUAGCAACACAUGACAUGGCUUCACUGUGUCCUGGUAACAUUGUCUACACUGCCUAUCCUCCAAGUGAGAUUAAGAUAUGUCCAUUGGGAAAAGCAAAACACGUUACAGGUUCUGAGUUAUUUGCUCAGCUUCAGAGAGAAGCAGAUGAACUUCGUAAAGAGAAGAAGAGGAAUGUUUACUCUGGCAUCCACAAGUAUUUGUUUUUGCUGAAAGGAAAGCCUGUUUAUCCAUGUCUCAUGAAUGGAGGACAUGCUAUCUCCUUGCCACCAAUUACUAAUAGCGACUCUACCAAGAUUUCAGAAAAAACAAAGGACAUAUUUGUGGAGGUAACAAGUGCAGCAUCGCAAAAUGUAUGUCGACGCGUGUUGGACACCCUGCUGCAUGAAACAUUGCUGCUAGGUAUUAGCUACAGUGAGCCUCCAAGUGAGGGCACCACCUUGCAGUCAGCAUACCACACUCUUACAGUACAGCAGGUCAGAGUAAUUGGUAGUGAUGGUAUACUUAAAGUUGUAUACCCAUCCAGGACUGACCUAAUCUUUGAAGACAACUCCAUAUCAGUUAUUCGUGAAUGAGCAGUGGUGCAAAUAUGAUGCUAUUUGUUGUCUCAUUACUGUGAAGUAAUUUGUCAUAAGCAGCUGAGGAAAGUUAACUAUAGUCAGUUGCAUCAUUACAGAAUGCUCAUAACUUCUCAGUACAACUUCAUGUGAUCAUUACUGAAGUUUUUCUGGGUUCCCUUUGAGUAACUACAUUAGACUUAUUCAUACAAAGACUUUGCUGUCUUUUUGUUUGUAAAAUUUAUCUUGGCAUAUACAUGACUAUGACUGUAACUCUGUCAUCUAUGGGGAGGGAUGUACUUUAAACUUCUGAUGAUAUAGCUAACAGUGUAGAAUCAUAAACAUUAUCAAAUUGCUUUUAUUGAGAUUUUGCAUAAGUUUGUGGGUAAUUUGUUUCAAAAUACAGAGUUCCAUUACAAUAAGUAAAAAUUUGGUCUGCUGAUAAAUGUAAGUCAGAUGAGUACAAUGGAAUCUUGUAAUAAUCUUUCUUUCCCGUAGUAUUUAUAUUCUGUGGUUCCAUUGAAAUCCCAUGGUAAGUGUAAUUAUUUCUGUCAUACUUUGAUUCUCAGUUAUAUUUUGUGACCAUUUGGUUUUUAAUGUUUUAUAUAUCUGUUCUCUUCACUGUGUUCUGUUUUUAGUGUUUCCAUAUUAUUUGGUCUGCCUAGGGCAUCAUCCAGCACAGUGUUAUUGUGUGAAUAAAUUACUUACAAGUUUCCAUUUUUUAAUACCCUGUAUUAAUAAUUGUGAUUACCCAUGUCAUGUAUCAGAUGUAUUCUGUUUGCAUUUUACCUUCAUUUUAAUGUUACACUUUUGAAACAUGUCACAUGGAGUUUUACAGUUGUUAGACCCCACUCUUGUUUCAAUGUACAUAUGAGGAUGCGUGUGUUAUGAUACCCCAAUCACGGAAGUGACUAGUUGUAGGCUGGGUGACGAGGGUUCUCUUCAUCAGUGUAUCCAGGACAGGUAUAGGGCCUACCCAGCCACCUGGCCAAUUGGUACUGAGGUUAAACAUGUCUGGAUCAUGAAUAUGACCACACAUCUCUAUCUGCUGCCAAGGUCUCCAUGUCACCAAUAAGCUUUCAUGGCACAGUGCUGCAGAAUAGGUAAUUUUUAGCAAUUACUUAUUUUCAUGUAUUCUCAUAUAUUUUUAUCACACUGUACUCUCUAUUAUUAGUAACAAGUAAGUAUUGUUUAAUGUAUUGCAUACAGGGAUCUUGUGGAUUAAAGUCAAGUUUGGAGUUAAUGGCAGCAGUAAGUAAAGCUUUGACCAAAUGCACAUAAAUGCCAUAAAAUUAUAAAUUUAUUAUUCAAAUUCACUGUCCCCAACAAUCCUAAAAUAUGUGACAGAUUGUUGUAUAUUAGGGUUUCUGCAUUUCAUUAUUGAGAAAUAAAUGUUACUUUUUAUACGCUGCA